AUGAUCAAGCGAUCAGUAUAUCUGGAAGAACUCACACUUCUAAAUGUAUAUGCACCUGAUCAGAGACCAGCAAAAUACUUGAAACAGCUGCUCAUAUACAUGAAGAAAGACAUUGAGGGCAACACAAUAGUAGUUGAAGACUUUAACAAGCUUCUGUCACCUCUUGAUAGAUCAAGCAGACUAAAGCUCAACAAGGAAAUACUUUACUUGAAGGAAGAAAUGGAAGAGAGCUUCCUGGGCAAGGGGGGCUUCGCCAAGUGCUUCGAGAUCUCGGACGCCGACUCCAAGGAGGUGUUCGCGGGCAAGAUCGUGCCCAAGUCGCUGCUGCUCAAGCCGCACCAGAAGGAGAAGAUGUCCAUGGAGAUCGCCAUCCACCGCAGCCUCGCCCACCAGCACGUCGUGGGCUUCCACGGCUUCUUCGAGGACAAUGACUUCGUGUUCGUCGUCCUGGAGCUGUGCCGCCGCAGGUCCCUCCUGGAACUGCACAAGCGGAGGAAAGCGCUGACGGAGCCCGAGGCCCGCUACUACCUGCGCCAGAUCAUCCUGGGCUGCCAGUACCUGCAUCAGAACCGGGUCAUCCACCGGGACCUCAAACUGGGCAACCUCUUCCUCAAUGAGGAUCUGGAGGUGAAAAUAGGGGAUUUUGGACUGGCCACGAGAGUCGAAUACGACGGGGAGCGGAAGAAGACCCUGUGCGGGACUCCUAAUUACAUAGCUCCCGAGGUGCUGAGAUUUUUAACAAAAUUGACUUCUGAAUAG